AUGGCAUUCACUUCAUUUCCUCGCUAUCGUUUUCUUCAUGAUCCAUUCUUCUUCUAUUCAUUGGAUUUGUUCGAUCCAUGGUUUGAUUUCGAUUGGUUUCCAUUGUACCCUCCUGUAACAUCAAGAUACCAACGAAUCAAACGUCAAGAACGGCUGUCGUAUACAACAACUACAACGAAUAACAACACCACGACUAAUGACACUUAUCAGUUUCCUCAACGCACAGACACGAAUCGAUUAACUUCUUAUAUUACACCAAGUAACACAUUGACAGUUGAGAUACCAGUGCAAAAUUCGAAUAGUGACCGUCGACUUCAACGGGCUAGAAGUAGCAGUCAAAGCUUGACACAAUUUAGUCGACAAGAUCGUUUAUUUGAUGAUGAUAGUUUUCUCAAUGAUGCUGAGAUUCAACCACGUACUGUGAACAAAGGAAACAAUAAAAAACAAUUGGAAUGGUCUAUUGAUAUGAAAAACUUUCGGCCUGAAGAAAUAAAUGUUUCAGUUAAUAAUAAUAGAUUAAUUAUUCAAGGUCAGCAUCAACAUGAAGAAGCAAAUCGUUCGGAAAGUGCAUCUUUCUACAAAUCAACAACAUUACCACCCGGAACACGUAUUGAUCAACUUCAAUCGCGUUUCAACGACGGACAAUUGCAAAUUGAAGCGCCACUCUCGUAA